AUGCCAGUGUGUCUCCGGACGUCACAGAGGGAGAACGUGUCGCGAGACGCGGGAGCAUUCCCGCGUAAACAAAGACAUUGUUCGAAAGUGCUAAGAAAUUGUGCAUCUUUUAAAUACGGAAUAGAUUUGUGUAUUUAAAUUUGGAACUACUUUUAGGUGUUUAAAUACUGGCGAUACGAAGAAGAUUGCCGAAUCAAAGUUUUGGUGUAAAAUAAAAAAAACGAGUAAAUCAGUGAUAAUGGUUAAAAGGAAGUUUAUGUUGAGACAAAAUGGCGUAAACAAGUGACGACAAAACAAAAUGUCUCCUGACAAACGUAAAAGUGUUGGUGUAACAGUGUCUAGAACUUAAAAUAGCUUUUAAAUCUAAUAUAUUUGAUCUCAAUAUAAAUAUAGUGCUCAAAAAUGAUUGCAUUAAAGAAAUUAUAUGGCGACGAAUUGCUACGCCUAGCUUUAAUUCUAAGUCUUUUAAAAUCAAACCCAGAUGAAUACUUACUUGAUGAGAGCCAACAGAUAUUAGCUGGUAAUAUAUCCAAUGGAUCUGACUGGUCUUUAGAACAAGAAGCUAGAACAUUAAUCAGACCAAGGUUCGUACAUCCGAAAUCACUUGAUAAUGUACUAAUGAAUUACGAGAGGCGAUUGUUUGAAGAGCUAAAUUCGCUUGGACGUUACACUGGUAGUAAUUCCCGUGUCCUUCAUACUUAUUUAUUGAAUAAUGUAUCGACGGACACAGUACAAAAUAUACAAUCAUCGGGUGCAGACACUGACGACGAUAUUUAUUCAGACGAUAACGUAGCUAAUGAAAUUAAAGUUGAAAACGAAGAAACUAACGAAUCAAUAACAAAUCGAGAAGAUAAUGAAACUAAUCAACCAGAUCUAGUAGUAACUUUAUCAUCGAAUUUUUUUAAUAGAACAGAUGAUGUAUUCUCCGAGAUAGCAUCAAGAUCUUUCGAUGUUAAUGAAUUAUUAGUACAACCGGAAAUGAUGAUUAAGAAAGAACCAGAUUUGGAGCAGGAUUUAUUGGUUAAUGUUAAAAAAGAAAAUGAUUCAGACCUUUAUAGUGAUAACGCAAUCGAUUUUGUACCAUAUUUCACUGAUAGAACGGAGAAAUAUGAAAUAGACGAACCUAAUUCUGUGUACCAUCAAAAUCUAGCUGAUCUCCAAGAUUAUAAUGACAUGUUUGAUGUAAAAGAAUUAAGGAAUAAUCUAGACUUAGAUGUGAAACAGCAAGAGAAUUUGGAACAAUAUCUUUUGGAGAAUACACCUUUGGAUGCGGAAGUUUACGAAUUAGCCCCAAUGUUUGAAGAGGAACUGGUGUUGGAUGUGAAGAGGGAAAGAGCAAGCACUAGUUUCACUUCAGCAAGUUCUAGUGGUGUGAGUGAAAUGGAUGUAUCUAUCGAUGUAAAGUUGGAACCAGAUGAAGGUCAUCACAGCGGAGACGAAUUGACUCAAGAGGAUAUGGAUCUGAUCGAGGUCUUGUGGAAACAAGAUGUGGACAUGGGCUUCUCUCUCGAGGAUCCUGUGCAGCCGGAGGGACCGCAAGCUACUAAAGUUGAGCUUCAAGACGAGAUAGCUAAAGAACUGAAACUAGCAGAAGAGAAGAUCCAGAAGAAGAUUGAAGAGACGGAAAAGAUAGAGAAGGUGAAAGCGUCUCUUCUUGAUACUGAUUCUAAAGAGGAUGAUCCUUGGGCUGGUCUCUCUUACACUGUGGAUACAGAGACAGGUGAAUACGUGAUCCAAGGCGAACUGCCCCGUGAGCUGGUGAACAGUGAAGAGUCAAGGUUCGAUCUUCUGGAGGAGGCGUUACAACUUGUUGAACUCGGAGACGAAGCAGAGCCUAAGGAUGAACAAACUGAGGUAGACUUUCGUUCUUUCUAG